CCCUCCUGGAAAUUAUAAUGUUCCUUUAAAUCUUUUUGAGUAUGGUUCCCCAAGAACCCUAAAAGCAAGGAGUUUUAGGGUUCUAUGGCGAUGGCAAUGCGGAGGAGCGGCUGCUCGGCCAGGAUAAGGUGGGUGAUGCCGCAUUUCACUCCCUCGAGCUUCUGUAGCAGCAGCGCAUCGUCAUCGUCCGGAGAAAUCGCCGCAAGCAGCAGCACGGAGAUCGCAAGCGAUGGAGAAACCGGGAUUACUCCAAAGGCAAGGAGGAGGAGAAGGAGGUCCAAAUCCAAGGCCGACGACAGCUGCGCUGCCAAGCUCACCAUCAACAUCAAGACCGCGAUGCGUGAGUUUCGGCUGGGAGACAUCCCCAACGCCAAGGUGUGUGGGCUGCCCACGGAGAGGUCGCUCUUCACCGUCAUCCAGGGGCCUCACAUCGACAAGAAAUCGCGCGAGCAGUUUGAUAUCCAGACGCGGAAGUGGCGCGUCACCAUCGAUACGGAGACGAGUAAGUUGCGAGAGAAGCUCGAGUUUCUCAAGGAGCACAGGAUUCCUGGAGUGGAGAUCAAGGCCCGGUUCCAGUACAAGACGAGGAUGGCUUGGCCGCUCAAGCCUACCCGGCUGUCCGAUCAGGAGAAAUGGAAGCUCUUGACGCUGCGCAAGAAAGAUCCAAAGCUCUACACCGCUGCGAAGCUUGCCGAGGAGUUUAAGAUCGAAGAAGAACAAGUGUAUGACGUGCUCAGGUCCAUGGAGGAGCGGCAAAAACACGUCGAUUUGUUUGGAGGAGAGUGAAGAAACGCUCCAACGCUCAACUUUCUUUCUUCCGUCUUCUUAAAGCAGCUCCAUCGGCAUUUGGAUGACUGUGAAUAAGAAAGAGUGCCCGGCUCCUUCUCCUA